CAGUGAGAGGCCCGAAUACCGCAAAAAAAUAAAAUAAAAUAAAAUAAAAAGGCAGUGGGUCCUGUCAUCAGGCAGUCAUCUUAUCCGCUGUCGUUGGGUGUUUAAAGCAGGAUGGCAGAUGUCCUGUGAGACGUUGUGGAGGACAGCUUCCUGCAUCAGAUAUGACUCGGUUGGACUCUGUCACCUCUUAGGAUCCUUCUGAGUUAAAUUCAUGUACUUCCUACAUAGGGUGUAGCCAGAUCCCUGUGCAUGGAUCUGUGCAAAUGAGAGCCAGGUUGGCACACAAGGAAUGGCCGUACUUUGUCGGCUCUUAGUGAUUUUUUUGAAAAAUUACAGUGAAGAGCGGCCAGGCAGCCCAGCUUCGUGAAGGCUCUCGGCGCGCCGCGGCCCCCAGGCACCCGGCACGCGCCCGCCCCACCACCACUAUGCCCAAGAGGAAGGUCACCUCCACUGAGGGGGCGGCGAAGGAGGAGCCCAAGAGGAGAUCGGCGAGGUUGUCAGCUAAACCGGCUCCUGCAAAAGUGGAAACGAAGCCAAAAAAGGCGGCAGGAAAGGAUAAAUCUUCUGACAAAAAAGUGCAAACUAAAGGGAAAAGGGGAGUGAAGGGAAAACAGCCUGAAGUGGCUAACCAAGAGACUAAAGAAGACUUACCUGCAGAAAAUGGAGAAACUAAAAAUGAGGAGAGCCCAGCUUCUGAUGAAGCAGGAGAGAAAGAAGCCAAGUCUGAUUAAUAUCACACACCUUGUCCUAUCAGUGGUCCGUUUCCCUUCUUGUACAAUCCAGAGGAAUAUUUUUAUCAACUAUUUUGUAAAUGCAAGUUUUUUAGUAGCUCUAGAAACAUUUUUAAAAAGGAAGGAAUCCCACCUCAUCCCAUUUUUUAAGUGUAAAUGCUUUUUUUUCAGAGGUGAAAUCAUUUGCUGAUUGUUUAUUUUUUGGUACAACCAGAAAAUAGUGGGAUAUUAAAUAUGGGAGGCUUUGAUUGUCUUGGGUGUCAGCUUAACAUUCCACAGAUGGAGGGUAACUUUUAUAUCCUAUAAUACAAAGCAUACUAAAUGGCAGUUUGGAGUCAGUUGUCCAUUUAAUGUCUUAAACACUUUAAAUUACUUCUCUUCCCACAUUGUUUUUGGUAGAAUUGUUUCCUAAAGCAAACCACUCACCCCUUGAUCGUGGCUCUCCUGGGCAGAAUUUUGUGCACUCUGUAACAUCUUUGGUCAUGGUAGUCCAGUUCUUCUAGUAACUGUUAAUGUGCUGUGACGAUUGACAAUUUGAGUAUGUAGUGUAUAUGACAUUAAAUUGUGAAUUAGUGGGACUUACGAUGUAACAGCAUAUCAAUAUUUGAAGAUAUUGGUACUUGAUAUCCUUUGAAGGAAAAUUUGCCCCCAAAUUUUAAGCUGGAAAGUCACUGGAAUAACUGUUCAGAAAAGAAUCACAACUACAUGAUUUUUUAGGUUUUUGGUACAUAUGUUGAGAAUUGUGUACAAAUUGAAAUGUCUGUGUACUGAUCCUCAAAACAGCCAAUAAAAUCUCAAUUAUGAAAGAAUUUCUUGAAGCACAUGAAAAAAAAAUUACAGUGAAUAUUUUUAUGUCUCCUAGUGCUUUUUUUUUCUU